AUGCUGGAUCAGAGCUUGUUAGGAGAAUUGCAAAGAUGGCGCCUGGGAUCGGAGGCUUUGGAGGGCUAUUUCCCCUUGGCCUAUCUUGUGGCCGGUACAGAUGGCGUAGGAACUAAACUUAAGCUGGCAUUUGAAACUGGAAUACAUGAGACUAUUGGGAUUGAUCUGGUUGCAAUGAGUGUCAAUGAUAUUGUCACUUCAGGUGCAAGGCCUUUAUUUUUUCUUGAUUACUUUGCUACAAGCCGCCUUGAUGUUGAUCUUGCUGAAAAGGUUAUAAAAGGCAUUGUUGAUGGUUGCCAACAAUCUGAUUGCACUCUUUUAGGUGGAGAGACUGCAGAGAUGCCAGAUUUCUACGCAAAUGGCGAGUAUGAUCUUAGUGGUUUUGCUGUUGGCAUCGUGAAGAAGGAUUCAGUUAUUGAUGGGAAAACCAUUACGGUUGGAGAUGUCCUCAUUGGCCUGCCAUCUAGUGGAGUUCAUUCCAAUGGUUUCUCUCUUGUUAGAAAGGUUCUCGCUCGAACCGAUCUUUCUUUGAAGGACCAACUUCCUGGUGAUUCUAUUUCAUUAGGUGAAGCUUUGAUGGCACCCACUGUUAUAUAUGUUAAGCAGGUGCUUGACAUUAUCAGCAAGGGAGGUGUCAAAGGGAUAGCCCACAUCACAGGUGGUGGUUUUACAGACAAUAUACCUCGAGUGUUUCCUAAAGGACUCGGGGCUGUCAUUUAUAAGGACUCUUGGGUGGUUCCCCCCGUUUUCAAAUGGAUCCAAGAGGCUGGAAAAAUAGAAGAUACUGAAAUGAGGCGGACGUUUAAUAUGGGAAUUGGGAUGGUUCUGGUUGUUAGCAAGGAAACUGCUGUUACAAUUCUUGAGGAUGGUCAUAGGGCGAGUAUUGUUUACUACAUCGGUGAGGUUGUAAGUGGUGAUGGAGUGAGCUAUCAAUAA